AAUAGUUGAGCGAAGAUGAGGAUUAUGAUUAAGGGAGGUGUGUGGAAGAACACCGAAGAUGAGAUCCUCAAGGCCGCCGUGAUGAAGUAUGGUAAGAACCAGUGGGCUCGGAUCUCGUCUCAUCUCGUUCGAAAGUCGGCCAAACAGUGUAAAGCUCGCUGGUACGAAUGGCUCGAUCCUUCUAUCAAAAAGACUGAAUGGACCAAAGAAGAAGACGAGAAGCUUCUACAUCUUGCAAAACUUUUGCCUACUCAAUGGAGAACUAUUGCUCCUAUUGUGGGCCGUACUCCAUCUCAAUGCCUUGAGAGGUACGAAAAGCUUCUUGAUGCAGCAUGCACUAAGGACGAGAAUUAUGAAGCAGCGGAUGAUGAUCCACGGAAAUUACGUUCUGGUGAGAUUGAUCCAAACACGGAAUCAAAGCCUGCUCGUCCUGAUCCAGUGGACAUGGACGAAUAUGAGAAAGAGAUGCUUUGUGAAGCGAGAGCUAGAUUGGCUAACACUAGGGGAAAGAAGGCUAAAAGAAAAGCUAGAGAAGAACAACUUGAGGAAGCUACAAGGCUUGCUUCUCUGCAAAAGCGAAGAGAAUUAAAAGCGGCUGGAAUUGAUGGAAGGCAUAGGAAAAGGAAGCGAAAGGGAAUCAACUAUAAUGCAAGAAUUCCUUUUGAAAAGAGGGCACCUGUGGGAUUUUAUGACACUGCAGAUGAAGAUCAUCGUCCUGCUGACCAAGUAAAAUUUCCAACUACCAUUGAACAACUUGAAGGAAAAAGAAGGGCUGAUGUGGAGGCACAGUUACGUAAACAAGAUGUUGCAAGGAACAAAAUUGCUCAGAGACAGGAUGCUUCAGCAGCUAUACUGCAAGCCAACAAGUUGAAUGAUCCUGAAGUUGUUAGGAAGAGGUCAAAGCUAAUGUUACCACCACCUCAGAUAUCAGACCACGAGCUAGAGGAAAUUGCAAAGAUGGGUUACGCCAGUGACCUUCUUGCGGAGAAUGAGGAGCUAACAGAAGGCAGUGCUGCUACUCGUGCGCUUUUGGCAAAUUACUCACAGACACCCAUGAGGACACCACAAAGAACUCCUGCUGGUAAAGGUGAUGCUAUUAUGAUGGAAGCAGAAAAUCUGGCUCGAUUAAGAGACUCUCAGCGACGAGAGGAAGCUAGAAGGAGCUUACGCUCUGGUCUGACUGGGCUUCCUCAGGCAAAGAACGAGUACCAAAUAGUUGCACAACCUCCUCCAGAGGAAAGUGAAGAGCCAGAAGAGAAAAUUGAGGAAGACAUGUCAGACAGGAUAGCUAGGGAAAAGGCUGAGGAGGAAGCAAGACACCAGGCGUUUCCUCAAGUGUAA